AAGCUCGUAGAAAACUAAUCGCAAAUAUCCAAAUAUUCAUAAAAUCAAUACAGAAACGUGCAAUUAAUUGAGCAAAUUCGGUGGUGAUGUGAAAUAUAAUCAGUGUAAAAGAAUUUCUUUUCAAAUUUGAAUGAUUUUUCAAUGCUUUGGAAAUAAGGGGUGUCGGUCAAUGUUAGAAAAACAUCAUUGAGUUGUCAGAAUUCUCUCAGUUUAUCAAAAAAAAUUUCGUUCGCCGUUCGGAAAAAUUGUACGGCCGCGGUAGUCAUCACAAUCAGCUUUGCUCUCUGGUGUUUUAACAUAUAAAAUACAUUUUUUCCUUUUUCGCUCCCUCCCAGAAAUCGCAGUUGAAUGUUUUUAAGCGAUUGUGUUGUGAGAAAAUUCCAUUAGAUUAAAGGGUUAAAACCAAUAAUAGGAAGAGGAUUCCAUCAAUAAUGAAUAUCGACUUUGUGAAGUUGUGCGGAAAACAUACGCCUAUCUAUGAAGCAUACUACAAACAGAUGGAUCCCAAAGGCACUGGGACCAUUGAAGCCAUGGCCGCUGCCAAAUUUCUGAAAAAGUCUGGCCUCAGUGAUGUUGUCCUCAGUCGAGUUUGGGAUUUGUCAGAUCCCAAUGGCAAAGGUUUCCUGGACAAGCCAGGCUUCUUUGUGGCCUUAAAGUUGGUGUCAUUGGCCCAGGCUGGUCAUGUAUAUAACAUGAAUAACAUCUACAUGGAUACGGAGAAACCACCAAAAGUCGGUGAUAUACCAAAGAUAAUGCCACCACGCGUUCCAGCAGCUCCCGUAGUAACAGCAGCUCCAGGAGCAGCACCCACAGGUGACUGGACCAUUCGAGUCAUCGAUCGCCUAAAAUACGAACAACUUUUUGAGUCAUUAAAGCCUGUUGGUGGUAUGUUGCCCGGCAAUAAAGUCAAAGGUGUGCUCCUCGAUUCAAAACUUCCCAUGGAUACUUUGGGCAAAAUAUGGGAUUUAGCCGAUCAAGAUAAGGAUGGAAAUUUGGACAAACAUGAAUUUAUUGUUGCCAUGCACUUAGUUUAUAAGACUUUGGAAAAACGUACGGUGCCAGAUGUAUUGCCAGUAGAGCUGCGCAAGCCUGGCGGUGUGCCACCACCUAAACCAGCACCACCGGCAAUGCCACGUGCACCAUCUAGCGACGGUUUCGGUGAUGGUGGUUUUGUAGCCAAUUUUCCAAAAGAUAUUGGACCACCUGCGGCAAUACCCAUACCACCACCAGCUAUACAGCGUGUUCCACCCGUUGGAGGACCAGCCACUGUGGGCCCUCUGAUAUCUACAGAUCCCCUUAUUCCAAUCGGUGCACCACCUUCGGUGACAGCCAAUGCCGAUUGGGUGGUGGGCACCGAAGAAUAUAAGCGUUUUGAAGCAAUGUUUAGAGAAGCCGAUCGAGAUAAGGAUGGCUUAGUUUCCGGCCUGGAAGUUAAGAAUGUUUUCUUGCAGUCGGGAGUACCACAAAAAAUGCUGGCUCAUAUUUGGGCCCUUUGCGAUACUAAUCAAUCGGGAAAAUUAACACUUGAACAAUUUGCUCUCGCCAUGUGGAUGGUGGAGCGUAAACAAAAGGGCAUUGACCCUCCUCAAGUAUUGACUGCCAAUAUGGUGCCACCAUCUAUGCGUGGUAUUGUAUCCGGAGUAGAUGUACAAGCUCAGGAGCAAAAGCCUACCUAUACCAAUCCCGAAUUGGAAAUGAUAUCGAAAGAAAUUGAAGAAUUGGCUAAGGAAAGAAGAGCUCUAGAAACAGAGAUUGCUCAAAAGGAAGCAGAUAUACGCAUUAAAAAUGGUGAAGUCAGGAGUUUACAAAGUGAAUUGGACACUUUGUCAGCCACUUUGAAACAGCUGGAAAAUCAAAGGGGUGAAGCUCAAAAACGCUUGGAUGAUUUACAAGCUCAGGUCAACAAGAUCCGUGAACAGUGCCAGAAACAAGAGGAAACUAUCAACGAACAAGAGGGUGAAUUGAAUAAUAAACGUUCCGAGCUGCAAAAGCUUAAGGAUGAAGAAAAUUCCCUGCAAAAGGAAUAUGAUGAGAAUAAUCGCGAAUUGCAAAAGCUCACAAACCAUUUGCAAAACACACAACUGCAGAUAAGUUCGAUUCGUUCAAUGGUAACGCAAUUAAUGGAAACCCAACGUCAAAUGACUGAUGCUUUGCUAAUGUGCCGAGCUGCAAUAGAUGCUGAAAACGCUGAACUGGUAUCGGAAUACCAAUUGAAAAUCGAACCUGAUUUUGAUGAGGCACGCAAGCAGUUAGAAAAAGAAAUCGAGAUGCCUAAGGAUGAUCCCUUCAAUGAUACCAAUACCACAGCAAUGAAUAAUAAAAAUAAUGGAUUUGCAACAAAUGGUUUCGAUAUUGAUCCCUUUGCCAGUUCAGCAGCACCAGCGGUAGCCAAAGGCGGUUUCGAUGAUAGCUUCAAUACUGGAUUUGAUGCUAGUUUUGAUGCCUUCGGCAGUAGCAGUAACACCGGAUUUGGAGGAGAUGCAUUUGGAGGUAGUGCUUUUGGAAGUAAACCAGCUGAGCCUGUGCAAGACAAUUUCGAUAGUGAUCCAUUUGCUUCAUUACAUGCCCCCACGGGCCAAGGACAAAUUCUAAGCCCCAAUACACAAACGCAAGCAACAAAUCUGACCGCAUCUAAUAAAUCAGGACCUCCACCUAGACCAGAAUCGCCUAGUCCAGCUUUACCGCCCAAAAAGUCCAAGGUGCCCCCACCAAGACCAGCUCCACCCAGGCCCAUGCAGGCACCAAAUCGUCCAACUCAACCGGAAGGCUUUGGUUCUGCCGGAGGUUUUGCUGACUUUGCGGAUUUCGAUACUAAGGCACCAGUAAUACCACCACCGUUGCCAACGAUAUCCUAUAAAAAUGUCACAAAUUCCAAUAAAACGAAAACUUCGAAUACAUCGCUAUCAUCAAACUCCUCAUCGUCUGUCACAAAUUUAUCAUUAUUUGAAAAUUUUACAUUGACACCACCCACACCACCUUCUGUUAGCAACUCCAAAACACAAACAUCAUCAUUAACAACGACCAUCAAUACGAAGACAACAACAUUGACGACGACAACCUUAGGCUCGAAUAGCAACUUAUCCAAAUCUAUGGAUAAUUCAUUAGCAGAUAUUUUCCAAAAGGCUACCUCUACAGCCACAUUCACCUCCAAGACCCCAACUCUUGACACUGAAAAUGACAUUAAGAGCAUGCCCAAUUCCACAUUAGCAUCCUCAUCAUCAGCAUCACCAUUACCCUCCGCCAUAGAAUCGAACACAAAUAGCAAUAAUCAUUUAACAUCACGUUCCCGUUCCACUACACCAAAGCAGCUGGCUGCAAGUUCGACAACCAAUGUAUUUGAUGCAUUCUCAAAUCCAAAGAACUCUACAACAACAACAUCGAACAACAAUAACCCAUUACCAACUGUGGAUAAUUAUAGUACCAUUAAAUCAGUAUCUUCAAUUAUAAGUGGACCCACUGAAUUUAACGAUGACCCUUUCAAAGAUUAUCGUUAUGAGGAUCCUUUCAAUAUCAAAGAUCCUUUUGCGGAUGAUGAUGAAGAUUUCACCACAGAUCCUGAUAAAGUAUUCAAAGAUGAUAUAAGUUCAGAUGAUGAUAAAAACAAGACAAGCACCAAUAAUAACACUACACAAGAUUCCAUACAAACGACAUCGACAUAUUCAUCUGCAGCAUCCUCGAAUGCAUUUGGCACAGCUAAAUCCAAUUCCACAUUGAGCAGUGAUUUCCUUAAUCAAUUUGAGUCAUUUACUUUAAAUACCAAUCCAAGUCCGGUGCCAUCUCAUCACUCAAGUUCAUCAAGUGCUUUCACUGGCAUGGGUGGCAUGGAUAAUGCUAACGCCGGCAGUAAAUCAAAAAGCAACACUCCCGUACCAAUUGGAACAAACAACAACUCUACGAAUCUUUUUGAUAAUUUUGCCGAUUUUGAUGCGUUCUCUGUAAAAUCAAAUACAUCAACAAUGGAAUCAAAUAAAAAGACAAAAAUAACAACGAAUAGUAAUGGGAAGACGACAAAUAGCAGCAUCAUUAACAAGGAUGCAUUUUUCGAUGCAUUUAAUGAUAAUUUCGAGACGAAUUCAAACAAAAGUUUCGACUCAAAUAGCAAUCCAAAGAAGCCCUAUGCUAAAUCGAUAACAUCUUUGGAUGCCUUUGAUGAUGCAUUCGCGGCGACGGAAACAAAAUCAUCAAGGCAAUCGCCUUUCGAUGCCUUUGGUGGUGGUAGUAAUGUGGAUGGUGCCUUUGGUGGCAGUGGUGGUGGCGGUGGCGUUGGCGUUGGUGCUAAGGAACACCAAAUAACAGCUGCUGCAAUGUUUGAUGCUUUCAAUGAUAACAAUUUCGAAGACGAUUUCUUUAAAAAUUCCAAUUUAUCCACCAACACCGCGUUAAAAGAGACAAAUUUGAAUAAGGAAAAGCUACAGAAUAAAUCUCCCAUUUCAUUUAACCAGACAAUUGACAAUUUUGCCAAAUUCGAUGCUUUUCCCAAUGACAAUUUCAACAACAACAGCAUGCUGAAUAAUAACCAAAAAUUCUCACUACCCCCUGCGCCGACAACAAAAAAAUCCUUCUCAUCAAAAUCAUCAUCUUCAUCAUCGUCGUCGUCGUUACCAAUAAAGAGAACUGAAAAUCUAUUAAAAGUACAAAAUCAAACUCUACUCACAGCAGUAUCGAAUACAGAUAAGGCUGCCGCUUCAUUGGCUGAAAAUGGUGCUAAGGAGAAAUUCUUAAAUGACUAUUCCAAACCAGAGACAUUCGAUGAUGAUCUACAGGAGGCCAUUAAACGUAGCAUGAUUGAUCAAUAGAAAGAGAGAUGGAGGAUCAAAAAAUGGAGUAUCACAACAUGUAUGGUAAUCAUCAGUAUGAGGAAAACAUUUUGUUUUUUUUUUUGUGGUAAUGAAUUACACCAAAAAGCUUAAACAAAUGUUUGUAGGUGAUAAAGAAACACUCUUUUAAAUAGAUUUUAUACGCCAAGAUA